AUGGCCGCCGCCGCCGCCACCCAAGAAGUUUCCCGAGGGAAGGUCGUCAUCGCUAACACAGGGCGAUGUGUCGCGUACUCGUUCAUCGCCAUGUUCUGCUUCGGCGUCACCAAUUAUCUCAUCGCGUACUGGCUUGAUCGUGCUUGCGCUAUCUGUCUUACUUGUCGCUAUCUCAGAGUUGCUACUGGCAUCCUUGACGAUUCUGUGGAGGCGUAUUAUGCUAUUGGUGCUGAGUGGAAGAUGCUGGCCAUCAUUUGGGGAGUAGGGGGCAUUCCAGGUAUGUUAUGUUAUGGCAUCCAUUGGGUGCGUUGUGGCAGAAUUGAGUUCUUCUGGAGUGACACCCCUUCGAACACCUCCUCCAUCACGUACAAGACCAAGGCAUUGACGCUUAUUGGAGGUCUCGGCUUGGGAGUGUCUAUGAGCCUGAUGAAGAAAGCAUUUGUAUUCACCUCGCCUGCUGAUAAGGGCCCAGUGAGUGCCGUCCUAUGUUCGACAACUAUAGUGGUCAGCGUGUACGGCCACUUCAUAUUCAGGGAGCUCCUCAGUAGACGCCACGCGGUAGUGUGUGGUGUUUUGAUAUCGGCACUGGGGCCGGGAGGAUCUACCAAGACAGAGGACGAAGUGGCAGCGAGUGGUCAGCAGUAUCAUGAGACUUUAGGAUUCAUCUUCGCGAUCCUCUCCAUGUUGGCGUUUGCGGCCACUACGUUGUUGAUUCGAUACAGUGCCAUAGGCAAGGUGUCUACUUGGAGCGCCUUCUCAGCCAGAUUGGUCUCCCAAACGGGUAUGGCGUUUCUUGUGGGGUAUGCUUUUGUGAAGAGUGAUGAAGGUCAAGACUUACCGUCAUUGGUGUUGCCCAAUAUAGUAGUGGCAUUGGCAGUACUAGCUGGCGUAACGCAGGUUGCUGGUUUCUUCGCUCUCAAUUUGGCUCUAUCAUAUCCCUGUACCAGUCUGGUGAAUGUAGUGGUCUCGGCCAACUCUAUAGUGGUCCUCGGGCUCAACUUUGCAAUUGAUGGUCUACUGCCUUGUCCUUCCCAAAUGCUUGGUAUGGUAGUGAUUCUGCUGGGCGUCACACUGAGCUCUGUGGCGCCUCCACGUGCUGAAGAUGGUUUGGAUGAGAAGACGCCUAUUGAUAAUUUCUCGGACUCUUCAGUCGAAUGGGACAUCCGAGAGCCCCUUCUGAGACGAUUCUCAGUUUGAGAGGUUGGGCUUAAUUCGUAGUGUGAGUGGCCGGAGUUGCCCCCGCUGAAUAGAGGUGGUGACGGUACUCCCAUGGUCUCUGAUACACUAUUGUCUUUCUAUCUGAUAU